AUGGGAGAUUGGGGUUCUGGAGCUGCCACGGAUGGCAAUUGGGGAGGUCCCGUCACUCACUCUUUCCCUGAGAAGGGAAACGUUGGAGCAGACACUUGGGGUCAAGACUCGGCUGAGCCAGUUGGCAAUGCUGGCGAUUCCUACGACAACUACAACGGCGGUGACAACGAGGCUGGAGCAUCUGGAGCAUACGCAAACGAGAAAUGUUUCGGCUGUGGUGAAGAAGGCCACAGACGAGCCGAAUGCCCCAAGGCUGGAGAACAGACUUGCCACUAUUGCAAGAAGGAGGGCCACAUGAGAAAGGACUGCCCGGAAGCUCCUCCCAUGCUCUGUUCCAAUUGCGGCCAAGAGGGUCACUUCCGCAACAGCUGUGAGAAUGCUCGCAAGAUCAAUCGUGACCACGUCGCCGACACUACUCCUGACGCCGCCUGGGACAAGCUCAAGCAGGCUGCCCUUGAAAGGGAUGCCGAUGAUGCCAAAGAAGCGAUCGAAGAAUAUGUCAAGGCUCUAGCAGGAGAGGUCACUUACCGUCAGAUCCAGGAGCGAUUGCUGGAGGAAAAUGUCAAGAUUUGGCUCAUCUCCACUCAGAGAGAGCUGAUUGACACCUUCACAAACAUGGACCUCCAAGGCAAUAUCGACAAGAAGUACAGCGUCUCGGUUAGAUUUUCCGACAAGCCAGAAAGGCCUCGCGAAAUCACUCUCUGGCCGGACGGCGUCGAUGAGAUUCUCUCUCGCUUGGAUGACGCAGGAAUGGUGGUCGACAGAGGUGUGCCAAAGUGCUACAACUGUGGCGAGCUUGGUCAUACUACCAAAGGCUGCUCUCAGGAGAAGACUGAGCCCAGCUCAGAGAAGCCGAAGAUCUCGUGCUACAAUUGCGGCGCCGAAGGUCACCGUGUGAGAGACUGCCCCGAGCCGCGCGUGGAUAAGUUUGCUUGCAAGAACUGCGGAAAAUCAGGGCAUAACGCUAAAGAGUGCGAGGAGCCUCCUAAUAUGGACAAUGUUGAAUGCCGCAAAUGCAACAAGACCGGUCACUUCGCCAAAGAUUGCCCUGACGGAGGCAGCAGGGCUUGUCGCAACUGCGGUCAGGAAGGCCACAUCUCCAAGGAGUGUGAUCAGCCCAAGAACAUGGAUAAUGUUACUUGCCGCAAUUGUGAGGAAACUGGUCACUUCAGCAAGGAGUGCCCUAAGCCGAGAGACUGGUCCAAAGUCCAAUGUUCCAACUGCGAGCAAUUCGGACAUACCAAGGUCCGUUGCAAGAUGCCUCCUAAGGAAUCGGAUGCCUACGAGAAUCAGGGAUAUGGCGGUGACCCUGAUGAGCAGCCACCACAGCCUGAUAAAGGCUACGGUGAGGCAGCCGGCGGUGCAGGCGACUGGUAA